UUUAAUACGGCAUGUAGAAGUCAGCUCAGGGACGUUUGUGCGUGAUGACGUUGCACAAACAACGUAAUACGUUGCUGCUGAAAUGCUAAUUGGAAGCUAAGUGGCUACUUUCUACACCCUCCUUGUCUCCUGUUGUUACCUGCGGACAAGUUGGCCUGAAAUACCAUUAAACAUAUUUAGGAAACGGUUAACAUUCUUCAGAGCAUCUCGGUGUCCGGUGUCGGGCCGUAGCUAUGGCUCUGCAAGGCCCGGAGGAGCUGGGGGAGCCGGUCGAAGAGUCGGAGGAUCUGGACGACCAGGACGCUAGCAGCAUCUCCCCGGCGGAGGAAAUAACGCUACCCCCCGGGCCUGGAGGCGACGAGGAGACGGAGGAGGCUCUUCUGCUGCCCUGGGACCGUUUCUCCGCCUGGCUGCACUGCAUUUGUGUGGUCGGCUUCGACCUGGAGCUCGGACAGGCGGUGGAGGUCAUUUAUCCUCAUCAUUCCAAACUGUCGGAGAAAGAGAAAACAAGCAUCUGCUACCUUUCAUUCCCUGACUCCAACUCAGGUUGCCUUGGUGACACACAGUUCUGCUUCCGGUUCCGGCAGGGUUCCAACAGGAAGACGUCACUUGGCUGCUUCUUGGAAACCACUGACAGAGAUGCGCCACCUUGUCUGAAGAGGGAGCAGGGCCAUUACUAUGGUUAUGUGUACUUCCGUCAGGUGCGAGACAAAUCUUUGAAGAGAGGAUACUUCCAGAAGUCUCUCGUCUUGAUCAGUCAGCUGCCCUAUGUGACCUUCUUCCACUCGCUGCUGAAGAUUAUGGCUCCUGAAUACUUUGAGAAACAGGAGCCCUGCCUGGAGGCUGCUUGUAAUGACAUCGAUCGCUGGCCAACGCCUCAUCCUGGACGAAUCCUGACGCUGCCUAUCAUGGGUGUAGUCCUCAAGGUUCGCAUCCCAACCUCCUAUGAUAAACCAGGAACGUCACAGCUGGUCCAAUCCGCCCAGAGUGAUAGCAUGGUGUCCAUUGUGCUCCCAACAAUUCAUGAAGUGGACCUCUUCAGGUGUUUCUAUCCAGUCUUCUUCCAUCUCCAGAUGCUUUGGGAGUUGGUGUUGCUGGGGGAGGCACUUGUUGUCAUGGCGCCAUCACCAGCCGAGUCAUCUGAUACUGUGCUAGCUUUGGUCAGCUGCAUUGCUCCUCUGCGUUACUGCAGUGAUUUCCGGCCGUACUUCACCAUUCAUGACAGUGAGUUUAAGGAGUACACCACCAGGACGCAGGCUCCGCCGUCAGUCAUUCUAGGAGUGACCAAUCCUUUUUUUGCAAAAACGCUGCAGCACUGGCCGCACAUCAUCCGCAUCGGAGACAUGAAACAAGCAGGAGAGAUGGCCAAGCAGAUGAAAGUCAAGAAACUGAAAAACCUCAAAACUCUGGACUCUAAACCCGGUGUGUACACUGCAUAUAAACCGUAUCUCAACAAAGAUGAAGAAAUCAUCAAACAGCUUCAGAAGGGUGUUCAACAGAAGAGACCCUCUGCAGCCCAGAAUGCAAUUCUUCGGCGCUACUUCUUAGAACUGACACAAAGCUUCAUCAUUCCACUGGAGCGGUACGUGGCCAGUCUGAUGCCUCUCCAAAAGUCCAUCAGUCCCUGGAAGAGUCCUCCUCAGCUACGACCGUUCAUACAGCAGGACUUCAUGAAGACACUGGAGAAAGCUGGACCUCAGCUUACGUCCAGACUGAAAGGAGACUGGAUAGGACUCUACAGGCAUUUCCUCAAGUCUCCCAACUUUGACGGCUGGUUCCGCAACAGGAGGAAAGAGAUGACGCAGAAACUGGAAGCCCUGCACCUCGAAGCGCUGUGUGAGGAGGAUCUCCAGAAGAGAAUCCAGAAGCACACAGAGGUGGAGACAGUCGAUCUGGUCCUGAAGCUGAAAGACAAACUGACUCAGGCGGAGAGGGAGAAGUUACCAGUGCAUCCCGGGACCUUGGAGAAGCUGAGAGCCCAUAUCGAGGGUGUCAUCCUGACCUUACCAGAGGACCUGCAGGGCAUCCUUCACAAGCCCACCACGCUCUGACCUCUAACCCUGCAGGCUGCAACACUAACCCCCAGUUAAAGCUUGUUUUAAAGUUUUGGGUGGGGGGGCUUGGUGGCUCUCCUCCCAGUCAGUUUCCAAGGUGAGGGUGAUGUGGACCCUUUCACUCAGACUGGGUGCCAGUUUAAAUCUGCUCGGGUCUAAGAUGGAAAGCACAUACUUGGGUGCCAGCUCUCAAUGAGUCAGACUAAACAGCAUGUCAGUGAUCAUGUGGGUAUUUCUUUUUUUUUUUUUUUUUUUUUUUAAAUCACUGCUACAUUACUACAUGAAGAAAGCCUGGAGGGCUCGAUCCUGAUAGCAUUUUCUGAACAGUCUGAGGCUGCGUGCGCAAGCAACAAGAAGAUGGCUUUUACUGACCUUUGACCCUGGACGUUUUUACCUCCUUAACAUUUUUUUGUUUGUUUGUUUGUUUUUUAAACAUUGAUGGUGGGUCGCUGCAGUCUAACUGAACAAAAUCUGGAAAUGUAAAAAGUUUCCCGAAGAAGUGCACUUCAUCCAUAAUUGGACCAGUGUGCCCUUCUCACACCUUUAUGCAAACAAGCUGAGCCAAGCAGUGCUUUAUAAUGUGAUGUUACUAAAACACACACACACAGCACUAACCACCAGCGACCCCUGCAAUAACUCUCUGCAGGAGCCAGUCAUCUUUUUUUAUCCGUGUCACAUGAUCGUUACAUGACCUAUCAAAAUGAAAUUCAGAAUGGUCUUUAUAUUUGUUUGUUUUUCUGUUGUUGUUUGCUUUGCUUUGUUCUUUUAACAUCUGAAGUUUUGUGUCACUCUUGUGUAAAAUCAUGUAGAAUCUCCUCCGACAGGCCCGUAUCCACCAAGAAAGAAAAAUAGAUCAUUUGAAAAAUACUUGCAGAAAUGCAAAUUUAUAAGAUAUCUGUUUGGGGGUUUUUUUUAUAUUUUUUUUAAAUUUUUUUAAUUUUAAAUGAAAAGGAAAAAAAGUUUUUCAUUUGAAUGAAUGAGAGGACACCAAAAAAUCUGAGCUAGUUUGAUGUCUAGAGAUAAUAAUUGUUUUAUGAUAAUCGGUAAUAAUGAGAGAUUGACUUUCUGCGUGUUGUUCGUGAACUUUCUUCUUUUCUCCUGAUUAGUGUCACUGUCACAAUCAGGUAAUUCCUGUAUCUUAUUGACUUCAAUUUUAAAGGGUUCACAAAUUGUUCUUAGAAGUUAUUUGGCCAUUUUAACACUUUUACUUGAAGUAUAUUCUAAUUUCGUAUAUUUUUAAAAACAUUUAAAAUGGUGGAAUGGACUUUUAUUGUGAAAAACUGAAGCUUGAGCCUUCCUUUCUUUCCAGAAAGAAAGGAAGGCUCUGGGUCAUAAAAGUGGGGGAUCACCGCAGCAGUUGGCGCCACAUGUUUGAUUUGGCAUUUUUAAAGCUCUUUACUCUUUCAAUUCAGCGCAAUUCUUAAACGUUUGUUUCUCAUCGCAGGAUCAAACCGUAUCCGUUUCCGCUCGAGAUCGUUCAUAGAAAAAUAAACUUUUUAAAAGCCAAAACAACUCUUUUAAGCAAU